GUCGUGCGGAUUCCUCUUCAUAGCUCGUUCCUCUACUGCAAUAUUGUAAGAGAAGAUAGAUCAAACGACCAACAAUGUCUGGAAGAGGCAAGACUGGAACAAAGGCCCGCGCCAAGGCCAAGACCCGUAGCUCCCGUGCUGGACUUCAGUUCCCAGUCGGACGUGUCCAUCGUCUCCUCCGCAAGGGCAACUACGCCGAGAGGGUGGGUGCUGGAGCCCCCGUGUACCUGGCUGCUGUGCUCGAGUACCUGACUGCUGAGAUCCUGGAGUUGGCCGGUAACGCCGCCAGGGACAACAAGAAAACCCGUAUCAUCCCCCGUCACCUUCAGCUGGCUGUGAGAAACGACGAGGAGCUGAACAAACUGCUCGGCGGUGUGACCAUCGCCCAGGGCGGCGUCCUACCCAACAUCCAGGCCGUCCUGCUGCCCAAGAAGACCGGCCAGUCAGCACCUAGCUCCGGCAAGGCGGGAAAGAAGGCCUCCUCUCAGUCUCAGGAGUAUUAGCUUGAUGGCUAAUAACUUUUCACCCCAAAGGCCCUUUUAAGGGCCACCCACCUCUCAUUGAAAGAGCAACUCCUUUGUUCAUCGCUGAUUUUGUUUGAAAUUCCACAUGUUAUUUAAUAAACGCGCUUUUUUAUACAA